CCCAGAAUUUUGGAGUUGGAAUAGGGUUUCGGGGACUGAUCGAUGAAGACAAGCGAAGAACAUGGACGCCACAAUCCCAACACCAAAAUGUUGCUCACCGCCCUCUCCGCCAUGGUGGCCGAAUCCACUACCUUCCCCAUAGACCUCACUAAGACCAGGCUUCAGCUCCACGGCGAGUCUUCCUCCUCCUCUCGUUCCACAAAUGCCUUCCGAGUGGCUUCAGCCAUCGUGAAGGACCAAGGUCCUUUUGGCCUCUACAAGGGCCUGUCUCCCGCGAUUCUCCGGCACCUCUUCUACACGCCCAUACGAAUUGUUGGAUACGAGCACCUUCGAUCCCUCUUCCUUGCGUCCGAUGGCGGCUCUGUUUCCCUCCCUGCCAAGGCCCUUGUCGGUGGAAUCUCCGGCUCCAUUGCUCAGGUAGUGGCAAGCCCUGCUGAUCUUGUUAAGGUGAGGAUGCAAGCUGAUGGCCGUCUAAUGAGCCAAGGUCUGCAACCCAGAUACUCAGGUCCUCUCGACGCCUUUACUAAAAUAGUGCGUGGAGAAGGGAUUAUGGGGCUUUGGAAAGGGGUUGUCCCAAAUGUUCAAAGAGCAUUUUUGGUGAACAUGGGAGAAUUAGCCUGCUAUGAUCAUGCAAAGCGUUUUGUUAUUCGGAAUCAAAUAGCUGGGGAUAAUAUUUUUGGCCACACCUUAGCUUCUGUAAUGUCUGGUCUGUCUGCAACUGCCCUGAGUUGUCCAGCUGAUGUUGUGAAGACAAGAAUGAUGAAUCAAGCUGCUAGCAAGGAAGGAACGACCAUGUACAACGGCGCGUAUGAUUGUCUCGUGAAGACGGUUAAAAUUGAAGGAUUGAGAGCUCUGUGGAAGGGAUUCUUUCCUACUUGGGCAAGGCUUGGUCCUUGGCAAUUUGUCUUCUGGGUGUCUUAUGAGAAGUUUCGCAAACUUGCUGGGAUAUCAUCCUUCUAGUUAAUAAUUGCUAUGAACUUGUUGGCAUCGUGUUUUUUGUGCCAAAGCAAAUAAAGGGUGACUGGGUGUGAUAUUGAUUUGCUUUGUAAUGAGCAGAACUAGUUUUU